UGUGCCACUGGCGGUCACACCAACAUGGAGAACUUCAUCACUGGCUACCCUGGUCAUGAGAAUGAGAUGAGGAAGGCAAUGCUCGAGGUUCUCGGUCAGGAGAAAUAUGACUUCUUCUUCGACAAGGUCUGCUCUGUUGCCCCUUCUUCCACUACUGAUCAUGGUCUAACACCCGUGAAGUUCCUCGAAUACUUCUUCACUCCCUCCGAUGCCCGCUUUCUUGCCUCCCUUGGUCUAAACUGCAUCCGCAUCCCCAUCAACUACCACCACUUCCUUGACGACCACAACCCGGGCAUCAUCAAGCAGGAAGGCUUCAAGCUCAUUGAUCGCAUUGUCGACGCCUGUGCAGCGGAGGGCUUAUAUACCAUCAUCGACAUGCACACCUUCCCUGGAGGCCAAAAUCAAGGCUGGCACUCUGAUGCGGGUAUUCACAAAGCUUUGUUUUGGGACUUCAAAGUCUUCCAGGACAGCAUGACGGAUCUCUGGGUCGAGAUUGCGAAGCAUUACAAAAAUAACACCUGGGUCGCUGGCUACAACCCCAUGAACGAACCCGCCGACCCUGACCACACUGCACUUCAAGCCUGGUACAAGCGAGCCGAAAAGGCUAUUCGCGAGGUUGACCCAGAUCACAUCCUGUUUCUGGACGGCAACACCUACGCCAUGGAUUUCACCGGGUUCAAGGAAGUCCUCCCCAACUGCGUGUACGCCAUACACGACUACGCCAGCUUUGGCUUCCCAGCAGGCGAGCCCUAUGUUGGAAGCCCCGAGCAGAAGGAGUCCCUGCAGAAGACAUACGGGAGGAAGGUGCAGUUCAUGAAAGAGAAAGGUGUCCCGAUUUGGAACGGCGAGUUUGGUCCCGUCUAUGCGAGCCCGGGAGACGAGAACUAUGAGAAAGUCAAUCAGCAACGUUACGACCUGCUAGGCCAGCAGCUGAAAAUCUACAAGAAAGAUGAGAUCAGCUGGAGCAUUUGGCUGUACAAAGACAUUGGAUUUCAAGGCAUGGUCCACGCUUCGCCAGACUCGGCUUACAUCAAGCUGCUGAAGCCUUUUCUGGAGAAGAAGAAGCGUUUGGGUGUUGAUAAAUGGGGCCGCGACGACUCUGCCGUAAAGCACAUCUACGAGCCCGUCAUCGCUCACUUCAAGGAGGCAAUUCUUCCCGAGCAUAUCAACAAGAGAUACCCACAAGUCUGGAAGAUAGAAGGGCAUAUUCACCGAGUGUUGAGGGAGACUCUCAUGAGUGAGAUUUUGUGCUGGGAGUAUGCGAGUUACUUUGAGGGCAAGACGUUGGAGGAGCUAGAUGAGCUGGCGGGGAGUUUCAAGUUGGAGAACUGUGUGAAAAGGGAGGGGUUGAAUGAGAUUUUGAGGAGGGAUGCAGAGGGGCGAACAGCGUAG